CUGACACUUUAACAAAUGCUCAGCUGCACAUGUUUUAUUAGACCACCAACAACACUCCACAGAAGUGACACAUGAUACAGUAAGAAAACGUUUGUCUGAAAUUGUAUUACACUGUUUUGCGCACAGAAGUGACACUUUUGAACUCGGCGGUUUGAGCAUGCGUUGUGUAGCUUUGUUACUGUUAGCUACUUAGCUAGCUAUUGUAAAAAUGGCGUUAAGCAAAACCUUUGGCCAGAAGCCGAUUAAAUUGCAGCUAGAGCAAGAUGGAGACUUCUACAUGGUUGGAUCAGAGGUUGGAAACUACCUCCGUAUGUUCAGGGGCUCUCUGUAUAAAAGGUACCCAUCACUCUGGAGGAGGUUAGCCACAGUAGAGGAAAGGAAGAAGAUUGUAGCAUCAUCACACGCCACAAGUGUGACUCUGCUGAAGGCGUCCGAAUGUGAAGAGAUCUUUGAGGGGAAUGAUGAGAAGUACAAAGCGGUUUCCAUAAGCACAGAGCCACCGGCGUACCUCAGGGAGCAGAAGGCAAAGAGGAACAGCCAGUGGGUCCCCACGCUGCCCAACAGCUCCCACCACCUGGAUGCUGUGCCCUGCUCCACCACCAUCAAUCGCAACCGAAUGGGCCGCGACAAGAAGAGGACCUUCCCCCUGUGCUUUGACGACCACGACCCGGCGGUGAUCCACGAGAAUGCGUCUCAGGCUGAGGUGUUGGUUCCCGUUCGUCUGGACAUGGAGAUUGACGGGCAGAAGCUCCGAGAUGCCUUCACCUGGAACAUGAAUGAGAAGCUGAUGACCCCGGAGAUGUUUGCUGAGAUCCUGUGUGACGACCUGGACCUGAACCCCCUGGCCUUUGUCCCGGCCAUCGCCUCAGCUAUCCGCCAGCAGAUAGAGUCCUACCCCACAGACAGCAUCCUGGACGAGCAGACUGACCAGAGGGUCAUCAUCAAGCUGAACAUCCACGUUGGGAACAUCUCCCUAGUUGACCAGUUUGAGUGGGACAUGUCGGAGAGGGAGAACUCUCCGGAGACGUUUGCCCUGAUGCUGUGCUCCGAGCUGGGCCUGGGAGGAGAGUUUGUUACUACCAUUGCCUACAGCAUCCGUGGCCAGCUCAGCUGGCACCAGAGGACGUACGCCUUCAGGGCUGAUUUCAGUGAGAACCCCCUGCCAACGGUGGAGAUUGCCAUCCGCAACACAGGCGACGCUGACACAUGGUGCCCUCUGCUGGAGACCCUGACAGAUGCAGAGAUGGAGAAGAAGAUCAGGGACCAGGACAGGAACACCAGGCGCAUGAGACGACUUGCCAACACUGCCCCCGCCUGGUAGAGAGAAGCACCAAUAAGCUACUACAGAGCCUCUAGUCCAGUGGUUGCCAACCUUUUUGAACCGUGGCACACCUUGAUGGGAUAUAAGAUUCUGCGGCACACCAAAAAUGUCCCUAUUAAUUUAUUUGGUGGUAAUGACCUCCAUCUGAUCUAUAUUGCAUAUCAUCUAUUUUCUGUGACAAAUGUUUAUUAAAUAGGGUUUGUUUUAAGUAUUUUCAUAGUUCCUUACUCAUGAUGGUUCAUUUGUGUAUACCCCUUUAAGAGCGUCCCGCAAAUCUGCGCCAGAAAGAAUAAAAUGUAUGUAUUGGGUAAAUAGGUAUUUCGUUUUGAACGGUCUGUGCUAGAGGUGCAACCACGGACACAAAGCCAAGCUCCGUUUGGUUUUAUGGCAAGAUGCUGUGGUAUAGCUAAGCCUAGAGACAUGUAUUAAGAAAUAAAUUAUUCUCGCUAAGCCUAAUCAAACUUACAAGUGCUAAUGGUUAUCACAGACUAAGUAAAAUAAUAAAAAUGACUGCUCGUGAUGCGAGCCCCUCAAAUGAUACAAAUGUAACAGCCUGAGCGCACUGGACUUGGAACAACGAUAAGGUGUAACAAUGUAACAUUUAAUGUAUUAUCUGACUGGCACAGGUGCUCCCAAGUCAAAAUUCCAGAGUGUUAAAUUUUUUAAUCAAGAUUAGGAAAGGUUUUGUGGAACACCACUGUUUCUAGUCAGCUAACAGUCAACUCCUAUGGGCCCUCUGUGGAGACACACACACAAACAAACGUGACAAUAGACAUUCAACUGGUCCCUUCUUACAGCCCCCACAAUAUUAACUAACUCAAUGCUUGAUUGUCAUACUAAUCCAGUACCAAUGUCACAUCUGUACUCCCAUUAAUUAGAAAAAUGACAUCUGAUCCCAGAUCAGAGACUGUUCAAGGAGCCUUAUCCAUUUCUAGUGAUGAAUCCCAAUCCAAGCCCCUCCAGUGGUUCAACCGCUAUUCAUUUCUGAUGAGAUGAGGCGACGUGGUAUAUUAAAGGUGCCAUGGGUAGAGUGUAUUUGUCCGUUUGAGCCUUUGUCCAUUCUACGGACUCACCAUCUAAGUGAGCUCUACCUGUAAUACUGCUUUGAUGCACUCAUAUCUCUCAUGAUAGACAAUGCUGACUGACUUGAUCUGUCUGUUAAAAGAAACACUCAGACUCAACUCUUGCGAAUAAUGUAAAGUUAUGUAUUUAUGCUGAUACUUUUAGUACAUUUUUGAGUUUUUUUGUUUCCUUUUUAAUAAAAUAAUAUAAACCAGA